UCAGCAAGACGACACAAGCGUCGAAGCCUGGUUUCAGAUAAGACUAUAUGACUGCUAUCAAGCUUCCUUAAUUAACAAUAUUAAAACUCUGAAGCUUCCGGGAAUAUGAGCUCACACACACCCCGUCCCCCACUCGCGCGCGCACACACACACACACACACACACACACACACACACACGCACCCACACCCACACACACACACAAAUGAAAGAGAAAGUAUAAUUUCUCUUGGUUUUGACUCGACGAUAUCUCGGCCAUUUCGAGAUUUCGAAUAGCUACUUAUCAAUUCAUUAAAUACUUAAAAGAAAAUCAGAAAUAUGCUCUUCAUCAGAAAGGUUUACGUCAUGAGAUGUUUUCCGGUUAUCUUCGGGUUGAUCAGUUUUCUGCCCGUCGCAGUUCAAGGACAAUAUCAUCUUACUGGUUCUGAAGGUCCAAUAGAGGCACAAGUGGGAUCCAACGUUGUUCUACCAUGCAAUGUGGAGCCCCCAGUUGACAUGAGAGAUGGAAUAGUUGAGUGGAUGUUCAACUUCAGUAAAAUUGUACACUUGUUUCGCCAAGAAGCUGAUGACCGAGAAUCUCAAGACGAAAGCUACAAAGAUCGAACCAUUCUGAACCAUAAAAUGCUGGAACACGGUGACGUUUCCCUCAAGUUGGCCAAGGUAACGAAGAACGAUGCUGGGAUUUACACGUGUAUUGUUCUCCAUCGGCCUGUUCUCUCAGAUGAGAGAAAUAUUAUUCUGCUUGUUGUUGAUGGAGAAGAAAACCCUAACCGACAUUCUGGAGGUGGAAAAGGAGAUAAUAACAAUGGAGAUGAUCCUGCAGUUAUUGGUGUUGUUGUUGGUGGUGGUGGUGUUGUAUUACUCAUCAUCAUCAUCUCCAUCAUAAUCUGUGUUGUUCGUCGCCGCAGACUUAAACAAAUUUUUCAACGCUGGAGCAACAACUCUCGAAAUGAAGAAGUGAUAAAUGAUGAAGAGAUGGAAAUAGAACAAUUACAGAGUAAUAACUUUUAUUAAUUAUUGACUUUUUUUAUUUUCCUGCUCAUUGAUAAACUAAACUAAGGACUGUAGUCACUGAACAUCACAGCUGAACAUCAAACCAGGAAACUGAACUUCUUGUUGGUGACUGAUUGAUGAUAAUUUUCUUUUGAAAAACAAAAAAUGACAGUUUUCUGUUUUUAUUCAAGCCGUCUUAAUAACGUAAAGAUUGUGUUUAUAAUUAACUUUGCCACUUGAUUGGUGAUGAGUCACCAUGGAGGAAAUACAAACCAUACAAACACAAGAUAUAGAAAUA